AUGGAGAAAUACAACCUCACAGUGGUACAUGAGUUCAUUCUGAAGGGCAUCACUUCGCGCCCUGAGCUGCAGGCUCCACUGUUUGGGCUCUUCCUCAUCAUCUACAUGAGCACACUGGUGGGAAACUUGGGCAUGAUCAUCCUCACCAAGGUGGACCACAGCCUGCAAACACCCAUGUACUUUUUCUUGAGGCACCUGGCUAUUACAGAUCUGGGUUAUUCUACAGCUGUGGGUCCCAAAAUGUUAGCAAAUUUUGUUCUCGAUCAAAAUACAAUCUCCUAUUAUUUUUGUGCUGCACAGCUUGCUUGCUUUCUUGUGUUCAUUGCUUGUGAGCUAUUUAUUCUCUCUGCAAUGGCCUUUGAUCGCUAUGUGGCCAUCUGUAACCCUCUCCUCUACACUGUCAUCAUGUCACAGAAGGUAUGUUGGGUUCUGAUGGCAAUCCCCUAUCUCUACUGCACAAUUGUGUCACUUCUAAUCACCACAAAGAUUUUUACUUUGCCCUUCUGUGGCUACAAUGUCAUCAGUCAUUUCUACUGUGACAGUCUCCCCUUGUUAUCUUUGCUCUGCUCAAACACACAUGAGAUUGAAGUGAUGAAUCUGUUUUUAGCAGCUUUUAAUUUGAUUUCCUCUCUUCUGAUUGUCCUUGUGUCCUAUCUGUUCAUUCUCAAAGCCAUUCUCAGGAUGAAGUCAGCUGAGGGCAGGCGCAAGGCUUUCUCCACCUGCGGAUCCCACCUGACAGCGGUCACUGUGUUCUAUGGGACUUUGAUAUUUAUGUAUGUGCAGCCCAAGUCCAACCACUCCUUGGACACUGAUAAAGUGGCUUCCAUAUUUUAUACUAUGGUCAUCCCCAUGUUAAAUCCCUUGAUUUAUAGCCUGAGAAACAAAGAUGUAAAGUAUGCUCUUCAAAAAUUGUUAGACAAUUUGCAGACAUGUAAUGUAUUUCUAGAUCCAGCAAAACCAGGAACAAUUAAUAUCCAAAUAGAAUGA